AUGGUUUAUUUAACUAGAAACGAUUGGCAAACAAACAACAUCCACAAAAGCACUUCAUUCGUGUUAAAGAAGCCACGUUUUAAGCAACUAAACAACACUCGCCUAAAACGCGCGUAGCUUUAUAUUAACACACUCCUUUCACCACGCAGUCACGCACACACGCACGCGCCGUAGUUUCUCUCUCUUCAUUUCCCUCCUAUAAAACCACCUCAAUUUCCCCCUUAUUUCCCUCAGACAUUGUCUCAGUUUCACAAAUCAAAAAGAAACAUCAUCAACAAAAAAAAAAAAACUCAUAGUGCUUAUUUUUGUUUGAGCUGUUUUGUUUCCACUUUUCUUUGUCUCCAUAACAACAAUGGCUCCAAGAGAUAACAACAGAGUCGUCACCACCGCAAUUAAUGGGCCUAACUCAACGGCCCAGGCCCAAACUCAAGCCCAAAAAGAGAUCCGUUUCAGAGGCGUGAGAAAACGUCCAUGGGGUCGUUACGCCGCCGAGAUCCGUGACCCAGGUAAAAAGACACGUGUCUGGCUAGGAACAUUCGACACCGCAGAAGAAGCGGCGCGUGCUUACGACACAGCGGCACGUGAGUUUCGUGGUUCAAAAGCGAAAACAAAUUUUCCAACACCGAUGGAGAUUAUUAAUAACCGUAGCCCAAGCCAAAGUAGUACUCUUGAAUCACCUUCACCACCACCGCUUGAUCUAACACUCACACCAUUCGCCGCCGCCGGUUUCACCGGCGGAACCGGCGGCGGUGUUACGAUGGCGUUUCCGGUUGCUCGUCCGGUUAUGUUUUUCGACGCUUUUGCUCGGUCUGAAACAAAGCUUAGCGUCGUUGGUAGACGUGAGAUGUGUGGAUUUGAUCUUCCUGUGACGGAUUUUCGACGCGCCGCCGUUCAGAGUAGUGACUCUGGUUCAUCUUCUUCUGUUGUUGAUUAUGAACAUGUGCCACGUCAGAGACACUUGGAUCUUGAUCUUAAUGUUCCACCUCCACCUGAAGUUGCUUGAUCUAUGAUCUGUUUUCAAGAUCUAUAAGCAAAGAUUUAAUUUUUAAUUUUUUUUUCUUUUUUUGAAAGACCCAUUUUGAUAAACGGAAUCACUCUCGAUUAUUAUUAAAUAUUUAACGGAGAAAGAAAAGAGAGAGAAGAAACGCAAAGUGUGUUGCUCUGUUGCUGUUGCUGACAUAGUGCUCUGAUUUGAAGAUGAUGAUGAUAACGAGCACGCUUUGUAAAUAUAACUGAAAAGAAGAACAAGAAGUUUUUAUUAUUUUUCUGUUUUUUUUCAACGGAGAAUUUAUUUGUAUCUCAAGUUGUUUCUGCAAUUAAUCUUGAAUCAUGAAUUGAAAUUUUAGUUCUUAAUUA